AGCUGUUAUCCACAGUAAACCCAGCACUCCCUGUAUGGGCUAUCUUAAUCAUACCCUGCAAUCAUGCCCUUCCGAAGCUUUAUAGGGGGCAGUGAGGCUGCAUUGUCCUAAGAUGUGACCACCAGGCCACGAACCCUGCAGUAGGCAGCAUCUCUGCCAAUUAUUUCUAAGUGUGUUAUGUGAGUGUUUAUGUGUAUUUGUCUGCUCACCCCAGCCUGCAACUACUGGUAGGACCUGCCUGGAGAGAGCAGCAGUAUGCCUGUUAGCAGGAAGAGCACCAGCCAUUCACUGUAGUAAAUGCACUGCCUUUAGGACAAUACCCCCGGCAGCCUGGUUUUCAACCCCAGAGAGACUGUUUCCAGAGCCCCAGCAAGGUGGAAGAGGGGAUGGUGUGGGCUAGAUAAGGAGGAGCUGUUACCUGCGGGGACUUACUUCAGUUUUCUCAUCCAGUUCGUUUGAUGUAGAAUUCUAGAGUUGUCCUAGAUUUUAGGGAUCAUCCAGUUCAACCUCCUCAUUUUACCAGUGAGGGAUGGAGACCUAUGGAGGUCCCAAGACUUAUCUGUGACCAGAAUGGUAAGGAAUGGCAGUGUUGGGACUAGAUCCCAGGUCUCUUCAUUUAGUAAUUAUGCUUCUUCCAGCAUGGAUUACAAGGGGUUAAGCUGUACCAGGAAUCUGGGAUGGAGUUCAAAAGCACCGUGUGGGCAAUGGGUCAGUGAGUUAUAGUUACGAGAAUGGGUGAUCAGGGAAGGGCCUCCAACUUGGGUUACUUGUUACUACAUUUUGGGGAGGAUGUGAUUGUGUGGGGGACAUCUAGGUGCAUUAGCAAGUCUCAUUCACAGAGGGUGAGGUCAGAAAGUGACGAUUCUUGCAGAAGUAGGUGGAGAGAUCUAGUUGAAGGCUCUUAUGAGAUUUGAAGUUACAGAAAGAUGAAUCUGCUGUAACUCUUUAGAGGUUAGGCCAGUAGUAUCUGCUGUGAUAUUUGGAGAACUGAAGAGUAUUGCCAGACUUAGUGGUUGCUGGAUAGCUGUGGAUAGUUGGUGUUGUUAGGUGCCAUUGAGUCAAUUCCGACUCAUAGCGACCCUAUGUACAACAGAAUGAAACACUGUCUAGUCCUGUACCAUUCUCACGGUUGUUGCUAUGUUUGAGCCCAUAGUCGAACCCACUGUGUCAAUCCAUCUCGUUGAUGGUCUUCCUCCUUCAGUGAUCCUCUACUUUACCAAACAUGAUAUUCUUCUUCAGGAGCUGGUCCCUCCUGAUAACAUAACCAAAGUACGUGAGACAUCUCACCAUCAUCACUUCUAAGGAGCAUUCUGGCUGUACUUCUUCCGAGACAGAUUUGUUCAUUCUGGCAAUCCAUGGUAUACUCAAUAUUCUUUGCUAACACUAUAAUUCAAAGGCAUUAAUCUUCUUUGGUCUUCCUCAUUUAUUGUCCAGCUUUCACGUGCAUAUCAGGCAAUUGAAAGUUCUAUGGCUUGGGUCAGGCACACCUUGGUCCUCAAAGUGACAUCUUUGCUUUUUAACACUUGAAAGAGGUCUUUUGCAGCGGAUUUACCCCGUGCAAUAAGUUUCUUGACUGCUGCUUCCAUGGGCAUUGAUUGUGGAUCCAAGUAAAAUGAAAUCCUUGACAGCUUCGAUCUUUUCUCCAUUUAUUGUGAUGUUGCUUAUUGGUCCAGUUGUGGAUUUUUUGUUUUCUUUAUGUUGAGGUGUAAUCCAUACUGAAGACUGUAGUCUUUGAUCCUUCUCAGUAUUUCAAGUCUUGUUUGCUUUCAGUAAGCAAGGUUGUAUCAUCUGCUUAUUGCAGGUUGUUAAUGAGUCUUCCUCGCAUUCUGAUGCCCUACUCUUCAUAUAGUCCAGUGUCUUAGUCAUCUAGUGCUGCCAUAACAGAAAUACCACGAGUGGAUGGCUUUAACAAAGAGAAAUUUAUUUCCUCACAGUAAAGUAGGCUAAAAGUCCAAAUUCAGGUGUCAGCUCCAGGGGAAGGCUUUCCCUCUCUCUCCCUUUUUCUUCCUCUUUCCCUUGCCCCCCCUUCCUUCCUCUCUUUGUGUCUCUGUCUCUCUCUGCUCUGGAAGAAGGUCCUUGUCCUAAGUCUUCCCCUGGUCAAGGAACUUCUCAGGCAUAGGGGCCUCGGGUCCAAAGGACAUGCUGUGCUCCUGGUACUGCUUUUUUGGUAGUGUGAGGUCCCCCGUCACUCUGCUCGCUUCUCUCUUUUAUAUCUCAAGAGAUUGCCUCAAGACACAAUCCAAUCUUGUAGAGUGAGUGCUGCCUAACUAACACAACUGCCACCCAUCUUCCCUCAUUAACAUCAUACAGGCAGGAUUUACAACAUAUAGGAAAAUCACACAAUACCGGGAACCAUGGCCCAGCCAAACUGAUACAUACAUUUUUGGGGGGACAUAAUUCAAUCCAUGACAACCAGCUUCUUGGAUUAUUUGCUCAGCAUACAGCUUGAGUAAAUACGGUGAAAGGAUACGUCCCUGACGCACACUUUUCCUGAUUUUAAACCAUGUAUUAUCUUUGUUUUGUUCAACGACUGCCUCUUUGGUCUAUGUACAAGUUUCCUCACGAGCACAAUGAAGUGUUCUGGAAUUCCCAUUCUUCUUGAUGUUAUCUGUAAUUUGUUAUGAUCCACACAGUCAAAUGCCUUUGCAUAGUCAAUAAAACACAGGUAAACAUCUUUCUGAUAUUCUCUGCUUUCAGCCAGGAUCCAUCUGACGUCAGCAGUGACAUCCUUCAUUCCACACCCUCUUCUGAAUCUGGCUUGAAUUUAUAGCUGUUCCCUGUUCAUGUACUGCUGCAACUGUUUUUGAGUUAUCUUCAGCAAAAUUUCACUUGCAUGUGAUAUUAAUGAUGUUGUUUGAUAAUUUCCAAAUUCUGGGCGUGUUCUGUAGAUAGCAGGUCCUUUUAUGGCUAUAGCUCUCUGCACUUGAAUCCUUGUUUCUGCUUAACUGAUUAAUGCAACUCAUUUUAAGCUGUCACAGUGAUUGUAAACAUUAUGACUUUCAUUCUCUCUUUAAUUUUUCUAUAUGUUGAAAUUGAGCGUAUAAUAUAAAAAGAGAAUUUUUAUAAACCCAGAGUUGAAAUAUUUGGUCAACUGUAGAACUGGUUUUAUUGGGAAGAAUGAUUCUAGUUUUUGAAAUGAUUUUUCUUUUUUUUGCUUCCAUUUAUCGAUCACCUACUUUACAGAGGCAAUAUUUCAUAGUGGUUAAGUGCAAGGACUCUGGAGCUGGGGUUCUUGGGUGUAAUCUUUCCUCUCAGUUAUAUUGUAUGACCUUACUUGAAUUAUUCACCUUCCCCACCUCAGUUUCCUCAUCUAUAAAAUGGGGAUAAUACCCAUAUUAUUAUUCUUGUGAGGAUUAAUAAAUAAUGGAUGUGUUAGGACAAUGCCUGAUACAUAUUAAAUGCUGUUUACAUAUGAGCUGUUAUUGCACCACAGGCAUUGUUCUAGGUCCUUUGUAUAUAUACAUUGUCACUUAAUGUAUGAGCAAACUCAGGCUUAAAAAACUUAAGAUCAUCUAGCUAGUCAGUGGCUAACAUGGGACUUGAACCUUGUCUGACUCAAAGCCUUGCUCUUAACCACUCUACUCUUAUUUCUGAUGUGUUGUAAAUCACUUUACUGUAGGUGGUAGGUUAUCCUGUCCUAUCUAGCUAUAUAUCUGUGGCACCAUGGUUAAACACUUGGCUGCUAACUGAAAGAUUGGAGGUUUGAAUCCAUCCAGUGGUUCCAGGGGAGAAAAGACCUGGUGAUCUGCUUCCAUAUAGAUUAUAGCCUAGGAAACCCUAUGGGGCAGUUCUACUUUGUCAUACAGGAAGUGACUAUUAGUCAAAAUCGACUGAAUGGCACACAACAACAGCCUAUUGAUCCAUCUAUCACAUACUCCCUAAUUAGAUUUUUCAUUGUAUUUGCCUUCUGUUGUUAAAAUGCAUUUCCUUAAAACAUCUGUGACUUAAACAAGAAUUACAAAAUGUAAAGACAGGUAAAAACCAAAUAACUGCUUUUAAAAUAAUGCUACUCACACGAUUAGGUAAACCAAAAACCAAAACCAGUGCCAUCGAGUCGAUUCCGACUCAUAGUGACCCUAUAGGACAGAGUAGAACCGCCCCAUAGAGUUUCCAAGGAGCGCCUGGCAGAUUUGAACUGCCGACCCUUUGGUUAGCAGCCGUAGUACUUAACCACCACGCCACCAGGGUUUUGAUUAUGUAAGAACUUUAAAAAAUCCAUGCUAACUGUGCUAAAUUGUGAAAGCGUAAAAUGUCCACACACAUACAAGUUCUGUGGAUGUUAAGAGAUUGGUUAGUAUUAGGCACUUUUAGCUUACUGUUUUAAAACAAUAAUGGCAUUAGUGUUUUAACCAUUUGUACAUUUUAAUUACUAGGAAGAAAUUAUAUCAGUUUUUUGUAGCUCAUGGAAAUCUUCCCUGUCCGUACCCUAGAAUAAAGAGAAUUAGGGCCUGAGAAGUGAGAUGGGGCUUCUUGGCAACGGCGACAAGUGAAGUUGAUGAGAGUUAACAGUUUUUGACUGUUCUUAGCAGACGGGUGGUGCGUUGGGACUUGUUCAUGGUAAUGAAGCAUUGAUUGUACGAGCCAGUGAAGUAAUGCUUCUCCCAUUGAUUUCAUAAUAUUAUUGGGAGAUCUGUUAAGUGGUUCGCCUAAGCCCCGAAUUUGAAGCUGUCUGUACUAUACAUACUUUUGAUAUUACAUUAAAAAUUAGAAAUCAUUUAUUUUAUAGUGUUGUCAACUUUGUAAUUAUUUUAUGGAGAAACUUAUUCAGUAGAAAGGAAACUAACAAGACAAAAACAAAACAAAACAAAACACCCCACUACUCCAUCAGAAUCACUCUAAACAACGAAUUGCCUUAUCUUUCUCAGAGUAGCGCUACUUUUUAAAAUAAAUCUAAAUUGGAAAUUGUCUAAGCGUUCAGAUUGCUUGAAACAAAGUUGAUUAAAAUUUCAAAUAUUUAUUUAUUUACUUACCUACUUAUUUAUUUAUAUGUUGUCUCUGGGCAAGGUGAAGAAUUGUUUUAUCAGUACAAAGUAGCCAUUGUUAAAAUUUAUUUAAAGUUUAGCUGGGGCAUACUCAAGGUGAAGAACAAUUGGCAAUGAAGGAAAACAUGGCUCAGGGGACAUGGUAAUAUGACAUUAAAGAUUACAUCAGAUAGCAUCUGUCUCAGUAAUGACCAUAUGUCCUUUCCAUCUGAUGUGUGUUUCAGGUCUUGGAUGAAUGAGUCGGAGGUCUUAGAUAUGCUUUAAAGGAGUGUUCUUUUAUUAGGUUUAUUAGAUUUGUUUUCAAAUUAAUCAAAUGUUAUAAGUGGAUCAAACGUGCCUACUAUCAAAUGAGGAAGCAUAAUGACAAAAUUGCAUUCUUCCUAACAGUUUGGAUGCUGACUCCUUUCAGCUUCUGUAGCUUUGUGACAUUGAGUGCUAGGAUGAAAUGUGGACUUCUUGUGUUCUUUCCACGUAGAGAAAUAAAAGAAUUUUAUUUCUCAUUUCUAAACUAAUAAUACAGGAAUGAAAUGGGAAGAGAUGAUUAAAAAAAAAAGUUCUUAUUUUCUAAUAACUGUUCUUUUCUAAGAGACUUUUCUGAGGUCAACUUAAAAACAAAACAAAACAAAAAACGAAACAGGGAAAGAGAGCAGAGUCACGGCCGUUGGGGUUUGAGUCAAGAGAUAAGCAGAAGUGUGCGUGUAUUAAUGUCACAUGGCAGGAGACUUUCCCCAGAGUGGUUUGCCGGUCCAGGGAGCUCUUUCAUUUUGUGUCUGAAUUGAGUUAUACUUUGGAAGAUACCUGGUUUCCUGCCUACUGCUUCAUUAUGGAUUAUACAGGGAUUCCCCGGGUGGCCAAGUGACUAAUUGCUGCACUACUAGAUGAAGGGUUGGUGGAUCAAAUCCACCCAGAGGUACCUCGGGAGAUACCCCUGGUGAUCUGCUUCUGAAAGGUCAUAGCCUUGCAAAUAGUAGAGCAGCUCUACUCUGCACACAUGGGGUCACCGUGAGUCAGAAGAAACUCUACAGCAACUAACGACAACAACAGCUUAAAGAGACAUCGAGGGGAAUACAAAUAAAGACUUCGAUGUGAACAAAGGGGAUGGCUCCAAAGAAAUUCACGACAUGACGCUUCUAAAAUUAGUCCUUGUGUAUUGUCUAGAGAGAAUAUGUGGUUUAAGUUCUUACCACAUUAAUAAAUACAUUUAUUAAAUUAGCUGUCUGAUGUGGUUGGAAGCCAUUCUGAAUGCUGUCUUCUGUAGUAAUUUUUAUGAACAUUUACGCAUCUACAAAUAUAACUCUAUUUAGUUGAUUAAACUUUGAAGAAAGAACUUAUGGUUUCAGUUCAUGGGGGAAUGAAUUCUUUUGGACUAGAAGAGAAAAUUUGUUCCCAGCAUAAUGCAGCACAACCACUUUUGUACUAAUCACUUUAUCAUAUCACUGAAGGAAUAUCUUUCAAUGUAAAAUCGAUGUUUGUGAUUUCGUUUUUCUUUUAGGGGCUAAAAACACUCCUGUUUAGUGCUUUUGCAUUUUCUAUUCUCUCUGCCUGGAAUGCUCUGUUUUCAGUUACCCACGUGGUUUCACAUCACUUUUUCUUAAGUCUCUGUUGAAAUGUCACCUUUCCAGAAUGGCUCUACCCGACAAUUUUACCUCUAAAAUAACCCUCCCAUUCUGUCAUCCUUAAGGAGCCCUGGUGGCGCAGUGGUUAAGCUCUCAGUGGAUGUUAACCAAAAGGUCAGCGGUUCAAACUCACCAGCCACUCCACAGGAGAAAGAUGUGGCAGUCUGCUUUCAUAAAGAUUUGCAGCCCUGGAAACCCUAUGGGGCAGUUCUACUCUGUCCCACAGGGUCAUUAGGAGUCAAAAUCUACUCAGUGGCAAUGGGUUUGAGUAUUUGGGUUUCAAACAUCCUUAUUCUCUAGUUCCUCUUUAUGUUUCUUGGUAACAUAUACCACUACUUGACAUACUGUGUAUGUUUGUCGUCUUACCCACUAGAAUAUAAGCUCCAUAACGGUUAAACCAGUUGAGUCUAAAUCAUGGCGGCCUCAUGUGUGUCAAGGUAGAACUAACUGUGCUCCAUAGGUUUGUCAAUGGCUGAUUUUUCGGAAGUGGAUUGUCAUGCCUUUCUUUCAAGGACAUCUGGUUGGACUCAAACCUCCAACCUUUUGAUUAGCAGCCAGGUGCUUGACCAUUUCUACCGCUCAGAGCCUCCAUAAGCUCCAUAAGGAAGGGAGUUUGUUCCUGGUAGUAUCUCUAGAGCGUAGAACAGUAGGCUCCCAGGAAAUAGUUGUCAAGUACAUGAUGGAGGUUUGCUCCAAAGUAACUAUUGACUUACUUUAAGAUCUUCACUGUUGUCUUUUUUUCCAAUAGCAUUUUAACGUAAUAAUUAUUUUGACCAUGGAGUUAUUUUGAUUAUUAAUCAUUUCUUUCAUUGCUAACUUUAUCCUGAAAUCAACAAUACUCUCAAAAUGGAAGGGCAAGGUCACUGGCAGAGAUAAUCAGAAAGAAUGGAUAAUCCAAAGAUCAUUUUGGCUUUGGAAUGUAUUAUGUAAAUCUUUUGGGGGGGUGGGGUCAUCAGAUCGGAUUUAUUUCCUUAAGCAACACAUUAAAAGGCAUCUCCAUCUCCUGAGCUCAUGCCUUCUGACUAGAAGAGAGAAUUGGAACAAUCUAAACUUUUGGAAUCAUUUUUGUCAAAGAUGGGUGUUCAGCUAUACAGAUCCAAACUUCUAAGGUAUUUGGAAACACAUCAGGCCUCCAGAGGUUACACAAACCUUAAGAGGAGUCAGAGGGUGUCAGUUGUAUCCAGUUUUGCUGGCAAUUGAGAUAUGUAAUAUUUUUGACAUAGUCGUGCUGUUACAGUAUUCUAAAAAGUAGACUCCUUGAAAAAUAUUGCAACCUUGAUCUUACUCUUAGAAGUCUGUGCCAAGAAAUAAACAUAGACUCCAGAAAAAUGCAUUUACAUAUGCAUAUAUACACCCACACAUAUGAGCUAGAAAAAGGAGCUACAGAAAAUGAGUCAGCAAAGUAGUUAUUGCAUAUAGACCAUGGCCUCCAUUUGAAAAUAUCUGUUGCCGGGGAGUAUUUUUCUCAUUCUGCUUUCCCUCUUGUCUUUCUGAUGGCCACAUCCAUCUACUAUUUGGAUAUCUAUUCAUAUGCAACAGCUGGUAUGUGAUUUAAAAUUGAUCUUAUAUGAGAUCAAAUUGCUCAUUUCCCAUUGCUGCAGUUAUAUCUUGACACCGUUAUUGAUUUUUUUCCCCUGGUGGUUGACCUGAUUAUUUUUUGGGGGACGGGCUUUUCUUUCCUAAUUCCUGUAAUUUUUGCUAUAGCCUUUUCUGUCAUUUUUAGUUUUCUGUGGUUCUUUAUCACUUUUUAAUAAAGAUACCUUUUCUCCACAUUUUCAAUUGUUUUUUUUUUUUCCCCUCCAUUUGAGUUGGAUUCAGAAAAUAUUUCUGUCAAUUAUUCAUUUUUUCAAGAGGCACUAUAGUAGGGUAUUAAGAGCAUAUAAUUUGGGACCAGACCACCUGAUUUGAAUCCUGGCCCAUUUGCUACCUUUGUGACCUUGCAAAUUAUUUAACUGUCUGUCAAGUGGGGAUAAUAAUGGUAUCCACUCUGUAGGGAUGCUACGAAGAUUGAAAGAGUCAAUCCAUGUAAAGCACCCCAAAAGUACCUGUCACAUACUAAACACUAGAUAAACAUUAACCCAACCCAAACCCAGUGCCGUCGAGUCGAUUCCGACUCAUAGUGACCCUACAGGACAGAGUAGAACUGCCCCAUAGAGUUUCCAAGGAGCACCUGACCUGACUCGAACUGCCGACCCUUUGGUUAGCAGCCGUAGCACUUAACCACUACGCCACCAGGGUUUCCAAAUAAACAUUAGCUUUUGUUAUUCUGGGAAUCCCUGGGUGAUGCCAACAAUUAAGCGCUCUGCUGCUAACUGAAAGGUUGGCAGUUUGAGUCCACCCAGAGGUAGCAGGGAAGAAAGUCCUGACGUUCUACUUCCAAAAAAUCAGCCACUGAAAACCCUGUGGAGCACAGUUCUACUCCGAUGCACACGGUCACCGUGAGUUGGAAUGGGUGGCAAUCGGUUUUUGUUUUUUUAUAAUUGUUAUUUUAGCCUGUGAGAGAAGAUUUGUUCUUUAUCUUGUUUAGAAUCAUUAUACUUUCUUCACAAUAGUUCGACAUUUUCAGUAAGCUAAACAUCAAUUUACCUUGAAUAUAUUAUGAUACAUCAUACAGGGCAAUAUUUUGCUGUCAUGAAAAGAAAGAGAGAGAUCUAUAUAUAGUGCAGAAUAGCUACUAAUGAUGUUUUAGGUGGUAAUUUGAAGUUCCACGUUCAUAUCAGAAUUUAAUUUUUAUAAACUGUGAAUCUAUAUAUAGAUAAGCCUUUGUAAGCAAAAUUUAUGAAAAUAUUGUGAAGGGUAGAUACCUUAGAUGAAUGGGUAGAGAAGAGACUUGAACAUCUUAUUUUAUGUGAUUUAUAAAGUGGUAGUGAGAAACCCUGGUGGCGUAGUGGUUAAGUGCUAUGGCUGCUAACCAAAAGGUCGGCAGUUGCAAUCCACCAGGUGCUCCUUGGAAACUGUGGGGCAGUUCUACUCUGUCCUAUAGGUUCGCUGUGAGUCAGAAUCAACUUGACAGCAAUGGGGAUAUAAUGUUAUUACGUAUAUAUAUGUUUACUUUUUGUGGAUUUCAGUAUUUAAAACAUUAAAACAAAAGAAAAGAAACUUCUUUCUUUGCCUGCUAUGGAUAGGCAUUCUAGUGAAAGUCUGCACACUUAUAGUACUUUUUUUAAACCAGAUUUCUAAGAACAAGAUAAUGCAGGAAGACUUUUAUUGUCAAGUGUAUCAAUAAAGUAUUAAUAUCUUCAAUUAUUUUUGUGCAUGCAUAUUCAAAGGAAAUAUGUUGGUCACAAAGCCUACUCGUAUGCAGGUGUAUACAAGUGUGCGCAAACAGCCUUAAAAUGACUGAGUUACUCUGGAAAAUGACAGCUGCCCUCAUGAGGCAAAAAUAAAGAGAAAGAGGCGAAAGAAUAGGAUAGGAGAAUAUAUAUGUAUUUAAAUGUAUUCCUAGAGCAGUGGUGUUCACGUCUGAAUAAUAGUUGUAAAAUAACUAAUAAUAUAAUUGCUGACAUUGAGUGUUCACUAUAUGCUAAGCAGUGUUCUAAGCAUUUUACUACUAUUUUGUUAUCACAUUUGUGUGUGCAUUUAUAUGCUUGAAUAUGGUUAUUUUCCUAUUUGUGUUUGAGUGUGCAACCCUUGAUCUGUCAGUCUACUAUAAGCUUAAAGAAAAUGACAGUGAACUCUUCUGUAAUUUUUUAAAAGACAGAUUAUUUUUCUUGUUUCUGGUAUUGACUCUAUUGUGAAAGUUCUAUCUGCUGCAUAAAACCAAGAACCCUAAUCUGUAUGAUAUCCUUGUGCUUAGGUGCUAUAAAACUACUAUUUAAAUUUCUUUGAGGUCUCUUUACCUGCCUGCCAUCACGGGAUGAAGAUCUAGGCGGAAAGGGGAAUGUAUAUGUUAUGUGGCUCUUGGUCUUUUGCAUUUUGUGACAAAGGAAUUCCCCUUGAGUCGAGCUGCUCCCCUGAAGCCCCUGGAGCCUCUGGCUCAAGCAGCGCAGUCGGUCUGUGCAGUGUCCCUGACGUCAUCCAGUGUAUGCAUAAGCCUUGCUAUUGUCUUACUGCUACAGCAGGGCUGGGGAUUGCAGUAUCCGCUGUAGCUGCUGCUCCCAGUCCUACUCCUGCUGCUACCUAGUCCUGCCUCACCGCAUCCCACAAGAGCCACGUCGGCCUGUCUUUGCCUACUGGAUUUUCACAAGCAGCUCUUCGGGUUUCGGUUCUAUAGGAGAGCUUUCUUCUCAAUCACUUGGGAGAAAACUGAAGCUCGUGAGAGGAGAAUCUGGCAGCUGGACACGCUUGGACUGCAUUGUCUGGCUUCAUGACCCCUGCUGUGUAGCCGGCUCAUCUCUCACACGUACUCUCUCCUCGCUGUUUCUUCCUUUUUUUUCUUUCUUCUUCUAAUUUUUUUAAAGCAGCAUCUGGAGCCAGCCAUGUUUGGCACUGAAUCUUCCUUGAGCAUGUUUUUGAACACAUUAACGCCGAAGUUCUACGUGGCCCUGACAGGCACUUCCUCCCUAAUAUCGGGGCUUAUUUUGAUAUUUGAAUGGUGGUAUUUUCGCAAGUAUGGAACAUCGUUCAUUGAACAAGUCUCAGUGAGCCACUUGCGCCCCCUUCUGGGAGGGGUUGACAACAACUCCUCCAACAAUUCUAACUCCAGUAAUGGGGACUCAGAUUCCAACAGGCAAAGUGUCUCAGAAUGCAAAGUAUGGCGAAAUCCACUAAAUUUGUUUAGAGGUGCUGAAUAUAAUCGGUACACUUGGGUGACAGGACGAGAGCCUCUGACUUACUAUGACAUGAAUCUCUCUGCCCAGGACCACCAGACAUUCUUUACUUGUGACUCUGACCAUAUGCGUCCUGCAGAUGCAAUAAUGCAGAAAGCCUGGCGAGAGAGAAACCCCCAAGCUAGGAUUUCUGCAGCUCAUGAAGCCUUGGAAAUAAAUGAGUGUGCAACUGCGUAUAUUCUCUUGGCUGAAGAGGAAGCAACAACCAUUGCUGAAGCGGAAAAGCUAUUUAAGCAGGCCCUGAAAGCUGGAGAUGGCUGUUACCGGCGUUCUCAGCAGCUACAGCACCACGGAUCCCAGUAUGAAGCCCAACAUAGACGAGACACCAAUGUCUUGGUCUACAUCAAAAGAAGGCUAGCAAUGUGUGCCAGACGACUUGGGAGGACCAGGGAAGCAGUGAAAAUGAUGAGAGAUUUAAUGAAGGAGUUCCCUCUCCUGAGCAUGUUCAACAUCCACGAAAACCUUUUAGAAGCCCUCCUGGAACUGCAAGCAUAUGCUGAUGUUCAGGCAGUCUUAGCAAAGUAUGAUGAUAUAAGCUUACCGAAGUCGGCAACAAUAUGCUACACAGCUGCCUUGCUCAAAGCAAGAGCUGUCUCUGACAAAUUCUCUCCCGAGGCUGCAUCUCGGCGGGGGCUGAGCACAGCAGAGAUGAACGCGGUAGAGGCCAUUCAUAGAGCUGUGGAAUUCAAUCCUCACGUGCCAAAAUACCUACUAGAAAUGAAAAGCUUAAUCCUACCCCCAGAACAUAUCCUGAAGAGAGGAGACAGUGAAGCAAUAGCAUAUGCGUUCUUCCAUCUUGCACACUGGAAGAGGGUGGAAGGGGCUUUGAACCUUUUGCAUUGUACGUGGGAAGGCACUUUUCGGAUGAUCCCUUAUCCCUUGGAAAAGGGGCAUCUAUUUUACCCUUACCCAAUCUGUACAGAAACAGCAGACAGAGAACUGCUUCCAUCUUUCCAUGAAGUCUCAGUUUACCCAAAGAAGGAGCUUCCCUUCUUUAUUCUCUUUACUGCUGGAUUGUGUUCCUUCACAGCCAUGCUGGCCCUCCUCACACAUCAGUUCCCAGAACUCAUGGGGGUCUUCGCAAAAGCUAUGAUUGACAUUUUCUGCUCGGCAGAGUUCAGGGACUGGAAUUGCAAGAGUAUUUUCAUGCGUGUUGAAGAUGAACUGGACAUUCCACCGGCACCUCAGUCUCAACAUUUUCAAAACUGAAUUCAUCACUCUUCUUCUCCCAUCACCGAAACCCCUCCUUCUCCUGUAUUCCUGACUCCCACCAGUAAUGGCCCUGCCAUCCACCCAGUUACUCAAGCCAAAACUCGGCAGCCGUCCCAGGCUCUUCUCCAUCUCACUCCCUGCAUCCGAUCUGUGUCGGCUUCCACAGUCUGUCAGUUCUAACCUCCUCUUGCCAUUCAGUCAGUGUGACUCAGCUGUCCUGCCCCUCCUUUCUCUUCCCAUGGCCUCUUCUUAGUUUAGGGUCUCAUUAUUCCUUGCCUGGACUCCUACAAUAGUCUUAACUGGUCUCCUUGCUUCCAGUCUUAUCCUCUGGCAGCCUGUGUUUCCUACUGACUCAAGAAUGAUCUUUCUAAAUUGCACAUCUGAGCAUGUCACAUCCCUGCUUGAAAUUCUCCAGUGGUUUCCCACUAACAUCAGGAUAACGGUUCAGCUCUUUAGUAUGGCAUACAAGGCCCUUUAUGAUCUGGCCCUUGCUUGGCUCUUCAGCCUCAUCUCUCCCAACUCUUGCACAGACAUCACCCUUGGGCCAUAGUGAAUUACUUUCCAUUCCCCAGAUGCACCUCAGUGCCUUUGCAUGUGCUGUUUGCUCUGCGUGGAUGCCCUUCACCAUUACCACCCCGACUUGUCCACCUUACUAACGUCUCUUCAUUCUUGUACACUCAGCUUUCCAUAAGUUUCUUCCAUGCUGAGUUAUGUGCCUCUUCUCUAUGAUCCCACAGUCUUCCAUGGAUACCUUUAUUGUAUUUUAAUUGUUGCAAACUUGUCUGUCCCUCCUUUAGAAUGUGAGCUCCUUGAGGGCAGGACUGUGUCUUCCUCAUCUGUGUAUCCCCAAAGCUUUGCUCAGUGCUUUGGAAAUAGUAGGUUUUCAAUAAAUGAUUAUUAAAUAAAUAAAUGGUAGUGGUUUCUGCAGAAAGAAUCAAUGUAAAACUCAGAUACAGCUUAGCAUUUCUUCUCUUAUAAUCAUUGAUGCUCAGAGCUGAAAUGGGAUCUUGAACAAAUUCCCUUCAACAGUAUCCCUGAUGGAGACCAUCUAGACUCUUCUUGAAUAUUUUCAGUGACAGUGAGCUCACCUCUUUAACAUUAAAGUCCCUUCUAUUAUUGGAACCCUCAGAACUCCCUAAUACUGAUAAAAUAUGGCUCCCUUUCGUUUCCUAUUAUUCCUAUUCUACCUUCUGCAACUGCACUAACAAAUCUACUUCCUCCUGUACAUUCUUAAG